GGGGACUCUCUAGGGUGGUAUCAGGUGCUGAAAGAAGCCAACAAUGGCGUGGUUCAAGGUGCUCCGUGGAAUUUUUGAAAGAGUUGGUGCUUGGCAAUAUAAAGUCGUGGAAAUAGCCGGCAAAGCUACUUAGGAUUGUGUUGAAAAUGCUGGGAGAGAAAAAGCAAUUAAUAGUGAAAAGAGACCUUUACACAGACCCCACGUUUCCAGCCAGUGAUACCUCUAUAUUUUUUGAUUAUUGUACCCCGCUUGCUCAAUUCAGAGGCGAGAUAUCUUGGUUGAGACCAAAGGACAUUUGUUCUACUCCUCGGUUAUUUUCAAACAAUCUGCAGGAUGUGCAAGUGAAACAAGGAAUUUUGGGAGAUUGUUGGUUCCUGUGUGCCUGUGUAGCUUUGCAGAAGAGUAAAUACCUACUGAAUAAGGUAAUCCCUCCAGGUCAGCCCAACUGGACAGAUGAGUCAUAUCAAGGCUGUUUCACUUGUCGAGUCUGGCAGUUUGGGCACUGGGUGGAAGUAACCAUCGACGAUCGUUUGCCUUGCCUUGGUGGUAAACUCUGCUUUUCCCAGUGUCAGACAGAGGAUUUGUUUUGGCUUCCACUGUUGGAAAAAGCUUAUGCAAAAGUGCAUGGAUCUUACGAACAGUUGUGGGCCGGACAGGUGGCAGAUGCUUUGGUUGAUCUGACUGGAGGAAUUGCUGAAAGAUGGACCCUGAAAGGCCCUGGAAGAAACAUGGAGAAAGAGAAGACUGGCAUGGUUUUGGAAAAGGCAGUGUUUAGAAGAUUAAUGAACCUGAAGGAACAGUGUGUAAUAAGCUGCUCAGUCCUCGAUUCCAGACAAGGUGCAAGCGAACUAGGAGAAUUUCAUGCCUUUAUUGUGAUAGACACCUUGAAUCUGUCUGAAGUGUCAGGCAAGGAAAUCUUCCUACUACGAAUACGAAAUCCUUGGGGGAGGCGGUGCUGGAGAGGUCCCUGGUGUGAGGGUGGUCAAGGAUGGAGCCAGCUAGAUCCAGUAGUCGCCUCAGAACUGCUCUCUCAGAUCCAAGAGGGAGAAUUCUGGGUGGAUGAAGAGGAAUUUUUCAGGGAAUUUGAUGAGAUUACCAUGGGCUUUCCAGUCAAUGAGGAAGGACAACUUCAGAGCCUCUAUACAGAGAAAGUGCUGUAUCACUCGCAGAAUCUUUUUGGAUCCUGGGUGAGAGGCCAGUCUGCAGGUGGCUGCCGUAACAACAGCAGCUUCCCUACCAACCCUAAGUUCUGGCUGAGAGUCUGUGAAAAGAGUGAGGUGUGCAUUGCUCUGCUGCAGAAACAUAGGAAAUACAGUGCUGACUGGGCUGGAAGAAUUCAAAAUCUGACUCACUUAGCAGAGGAAAAUCUAUCUUUGACUGAAGGCAUACAGGGGAAGAAUUAUCAGGCUGUGGGAUUGCAUGUCUGGAAGGUGGAGAAGAAACGAUUUAACCUUCCAAAGACCCUCUCUGCUCCUCCAGUUGUAGGUACCGUCUGCCAUUCCUAUGAUAGAGAAGUACAUGUAUGCUGUGACCUUUCGCCUGGGUUUUAUCUUGUUGUUCCCAGCACUUUUCUGAAAGAUGCAGCAGGGAAUUUCUUGCUUCGUGUAUUUUCAACGGGAAGGAUCUCUCUCAGUGAGCUAAAACCACCGCCCGCAGAUGCUGCCCUCUGUGAAGAACUCCCAGCAGGACCAGGAAAAAGCAGUGUGAAAGUUACCCUCCGUCAGCACUGCCAAGAUAGCAAGUGUCGUCCAAUAGGUUUCCAUAUUUUCCAGGUGCCUAACAGCAGCUGGAAACCACAUACUUCCUCUUUUCUACACUUGGAGCCCCUGGUUAGCUGUGUACCUCAUUGCUAUUCACAGGAAGUAAGCCAACUUUGCAGACUUCCUGCAGGGAGUUAUGUAAUUAUACCUUCUACGUACUUGCCCAAUACAGAAGGCAAUUUUACAGUGGUCAUAGCAACCAAAAUAGACAGGAAGCGCAUUCACAGCCGGGAGACACUUGGACAAGUAUUGCAAGAAAAUUCAUUUACAACUGUGAUGAAAAGGUGAUCUGGAACUCUCACACUGUCAUUUUGAGAAAACAUUGGAAAGCUGAGGAAUGCCUCACCUCUUGCUGUUUUCAUUUUUAAAUGGAAUAACAAGAUACUCUUAGCCCAGCUGUUUUUUCACUGGUACCAACUGUCAGGCCUACAAUGACUUCUUUGUAAAAAUACCUCCUUAAUCAUGUACACUCUGAAUAUUUGUUCUUCCCGUGUUUUUUAGAACCAGCAUUGAACAGCAAAUCUUCAUUAUGUACCUCAGUUCUUCAAAAAUACAGGUGAAGAAUAUGUGCAUGUUUUAACCCAAGCUACAGUUUUAGAAGAAAACCGGAAAACAUA